AUGGCUCCGCCCAUGGCUUUGAUCCUUGACAUCCACCUCGUUCCCAAGAUCAUGCCUCAGUUCAUCAAAAGCAUUGAGUUCGUUGAAGGAGAUGGAGGCGUUUGCAGCAUUAAAAAGACCACUUUGGCUGAGGGGACUUCUUUCAAAUACUUGAAGCACAGGAUUGAUGCGCUUGAUGCUGAUAACUGUAUGUGCAACUACACUUUGAUUGAAGGAGAUGUGUUGGGUGACAAGCUUGAGUCAAUUUCUUAUGAGUUUAAGUUUGAAUCCGCUGGUGGGGGAAGUGUUUGCAAGAUAACUAGCCAUUACCAGACAAAGGGUGACUAUAAUGUUAAGGAAGAGGACAUCAAGGAGGCAAAGGACAAGCAUAUGGAAGUGUACAAGAUUGUAGAAGAUCGAAUACCUCUUGGCCAAUCCUAAUGUCUAUGCUGAAGCUACAUGUGCCUGUUAGUCACUGCCUAAUUGAGUACAUCCUUUGUUGCAAAAGUGAGGAAUAAGUGAGAUGUGUUGGCUUAAUUUUGUUGUGGUUUUUGGCUUGAUAAUAAGAACCCUGCUAGAGUACUGCUAGUGCUACUGUGGUAUAGUAACAAUAUAUAUAGCGUAUAAUUUGCUUGAGGUGUUUGAUAUGAAUAAGCGAGGCAUACUUGUAAAUUUGAUUAACAUAUAUAUAGAGAAAGGAAAAGAAGGGCUUGUAGUAAAGCCAUCUAAGAUUGUUAA